UCACGGAGAGAGGCCACAAGAAAGGGAGAGAAGAAAAUCAUGGUUAUUUUAAGAGACAGAAAUAUAUUUCUGCUCACUUUGCCUGGAAAUCCAUUCAGUAGAAACAGUAUUAAGUGUAUCAGGGAAUUUCUUUGCAUGAACAUGCCAAAUGUACUGGAGAGCAUCUGUGUGGCUGUGACAUCUGGAGAGUGUUUACUGGGAGUUUUGGCUAAUGGCUUCAUCGGAUUGGUAAGUUGUAUUGGUUGCAUAAAGACCAGAAGAGUGACCUCAGUUGAUUUCAUCCUUACUGGCUUAGCCAUUUCCCGGAUUGGUACAUUAUGGGCACUAAUAACAAUGGACUUUUUUGGUUUUUUCUAUUUUAAAAGAAAUGUCAUCGAUAAUUGGAUUUUUUCAGAAUUUAUCUGGAACUUAAGCAACCAUUCAAGUGCUUGGUUUGGAAGUUGCCUCAGUAUGUUCUAUUUUCUGAAGAUUGCCAACUUCUCCCAUCCUGUGUUCCUUUGGUUGAAGUGGAGAAUUAACAAGGUGGUCCUCAGGGUGCUGAUGGGAUGCUUACUCAUAUCCUUGCUCAUUAUCCUUCCAAUGACAAAGAGAAUUAAUGAGAUUCUCAUUGACCAAGAAAAUCAAACAAAUAUGAAGAAUAAUAGAGGAUUUGAAACCCUAACGUUUUCCACUCUGAUUCUCUUCAAUACAGGGGGUUUGGUCCCCUUUGCUUUAUCCCUCAUCUCCUCAUUUCUGUUAGUACUGUCAUUGUGGAGGCACACCCAACAGAUGCAUCUGAAGGUCACAGAUUCCAGCACAGAAGCCCACGUAAGGGCUAUGAAAUCCAUGACCUCUUUUCUCUUUCUCUUUCUGCUAUACCAUUUAGGCAUCGUUAUGGCAGUCUUAAACACGUCAUUAUUUGGCAGUAAACUUGUGGUAAUGUUUUCACUGAUAAUCAUGAAUGUCUAUCCUAUGGCCCACUCCAUAAUCUUAAUCCUGGGUCACAGCAAGUUGAGAGAGACCUUUCUGAGGGUACUGGGGAAGCUCAAAAACUCUCUCAAAGUCUUUGGGAAAGUUUAA